AACUAAAUUACUAUAUGUUUAAUUACUAGGAUUUACAAAUCGGCAACGUUGCUCCUACAAAUAUCUGACAAAAUUUCUGAUGAAAUAUAAUUAACGUUUUUAUAAAAAAAUUGUUAUAAAUAUAGACAUAAUUUUUAAUUUAUGUUCAACACAGCUUAUACUUAGAGUCGGUUGCGGUCAAGUACGUUCUACUAAACAGGUGCUUUGACGUCACGUCAUCGUAUUUGUGAGUUGUAGAUUUACUUCGAAAUUAAAUUAAUUUCAAAUUAAAGAUCAUGUCUAAAAGUAAGCAUCAUCAAGUCGAUAGCAAUAUUGUAGCAGUAAAGAGUAAAUUUGAUGCAGAUAUAAUAAGAUUUUCAGUCAAUCGUAAUGAUACAAUUAAUUAUGAGGAUUUUAGAAAGUUAUUAGCUGAACGACAUGAUAUUGGUCCUGAUUUAAGUUUUUUAAUAUGGUAUACUGAUCCAACUGAUGGUGAUUUAUUACCAAUUAACAAUGAUAAUAAUUUAGCAAGAGCAUUACUUGCUGCAAAACCAUUACUUAGAAUUUUUAUUCAAAGAAUAAAGGGAGAUGGAUUAGAAGAUAUAAAUGGAUAUGGAACAAUAAAACCAAAAAAUUUAAUAUCAAGUAUUCUUGGUGGUACACCUGGCAAACCAAAAUCAUUAGCUAUAUCUAAUCCUCAUGAUUUUAGGCAGGUAUCAGCAAUAAUUGAUGUAGAUAUAUUGCCAGAAACUUGUCGUCGGGUGCGUUUAUUAAAACAUGGUUCUGAUAAGCCAUUAGGAUUUUAUAUUAAAGAUGGAGAAAGUUUUCGAAUAUUGCCACCAUCUGCUGGAGGUGGUAUUGAAAAAGUUCCAGGUGUAUUUAUAAGUAGAUUAGUACCAGGUGGUUUAGCUGAAAGUACAGGACUUCUGGCAGUAAAUGAUGAAGUUCUUGAAGUAAAUGGUAUAGAGGUUGCUGGAAAAACUCUAGAUCAAGUGACAGAUAUGAUGAUUGCCAAUUCUUCGAAUCUCAUAAUCACAGUGAAACCAGCAAAUCAACGAGCAGCAUUAGCUGCUCCAAGACGAGGAUCAUUUUCACGUAAUAGUCAAUUGUCCUCUGGAAGUCAUCAGUCUACGCAAAGUGCUGCCACUGGUAGUGAUGAAGAUGCAGAUGAAAUUGUAGACUUAACAGGUGUAACAUUACAAGAUGAUGCAGCAACAUCUACUUCUACUGCUCAACAUCAUCAUUUUCAUCAUCAUCAUCAUCAUCAAAAUCAUUUUGAUCAAGGUGUUUUACAUUUAUAAGUAAAAA